UAAUUCAUAAAUGACAGCCACCUUACUUAAACGUAUCCUUUGCAUUUAGAACAUGUUGUGGGUUUCUGUCUGCCCAGGGAAUUUUUAUAACUUGAAUAUGCAAGCAGCCAGUUGCUUAAGAGUUUAAGGAGUUUCCUGGUAACCAUUCAGUCAUCUCUUUCAACACCCUGACACAAUAAAGGCGGGCACUGAACCACACUUUUACCACAAAGACACACUUCUUCCUUGAGUGUUCGCUAGGUGAGGCGCUCCCUCAGAUUUACAGGAUUCACUCAUGAACUUGGACCACCAGCACAAAAAUUUUCUCAAGAUAAAUGAUAAGGACUGCUGUGUGUUCCAAGAUGAACAUAUUAACAAAGUAUUGCCACCGAUUUUGGGGCUGGAGUUUGUGUUUGGGCUCCUGGGCAAUGGCAUUGCCCUGUGGAUUUUCUGCUUCCACAUCAAGUCCUGGAAAUCCAGCAGGAUCUUCCUCUUCAACUUGGCUGUGGCUGACUUUCUCCUCAUCAUCUGCCUGCCCUUCAUGAUGGACAACUAUGUGAAGUCUUGGCACUGGACUCUUGGGGACAUCCCUUGUCGAUUGAUGCUCUUCAUGCUGGCUAUGAACCGCCAGGGCAGCAUCAUCUUCCUGACAGUGGUGGCUGUGGACAGGUAUUUCCGGGUGGUCCAUCCCCACCAUGCUCUGAACAAGAUCUCCAACCGGACAGCUGUCAUCAUCUCCUGCAUCCUGUGGGUUGUCACCAUUGCCUUGACAGGUCACCUCCUAGACAACAAGACAAACAAGAUUGGUAAUAUGACUCUGUGCAGCAGCUUCAGCAUCUGCCAUACCUUCAGCUGGCAUGAGACUGUGUUUCUUCUGGAGUUCUUCUUGCCACUGGGCAUCAUCCUGUUCUGCUCAGCUGGGAUCAUCUGGAGUCUUCGACAGAGACAAAUGGACAGACAUGCCAAGAUCAAGAGAGCCAUCAACUUCAUCAUGGUUGUGAUCAUUGUCUUUGUCAUCUGCUUCUUGCCUAGUGUGGCCGUGCGCAUACGCAUUUUUUGGCUCCUACAGACUUCGGGGAUAUAUAACUGUGAAAUCUAUCGUUCAGUUGACCUGACCUUUUUCAUCACCCUCUGCUUGACCUAUAUGAACAGCAUGUUGGAUCCUUUGGUAUACUACUUCUCCAGCCCAUCUUUUCCCAACUUCUUCUCUACCCUGAUCAAUCGCUGCUUCAGGAAAAAGGAGGAGCCAGAAAAUACCCUGACCAUGAAUGUGGAGCUCACUGGGGACCUGAACACCAUCAGAAAUGCUCCAGGCACUUUAAUGACUGAUCCCCGGUGAACCUUGUAAUCACUCUUAUCUGAGUUCAGCCUCUCGGUAAUUGACCACGACAAGGAGAGAGACUGUCACCAAGAUCCAAGAUCUCUGCAGGAGCUGUUUGGCUGGUGAACACAGAGGAACUUCUCUAAACUUAGGCUGAGGUUUCCUGAAACUUCCAGAUUGGGAGCUUCAGAUUCAGAGAAGCUGUGUGGCAGAGAGGGACAGCCAUGCACAGAUGUCACUGCAUAAAGCUUGGGAGAAAGGAGAGUAAGACAUCUAGGUGUCUGAAUCUUGGGUUUAAUCUCUGCCACUCACAGAUGUGAAAAUGGCAAAGCUGCUGGCAUUUCUCUGAGCAGAGCUGGAGCCAGAACCCUCACGGGCAGCGCUGACUCACUGACAUCUUUCCUGCAAGCCUGAGACUCUCAGCUCCUGGGCUGCUGUCUUAUCUGCUCCUGGGCUCCAGAUGGCAUCUAGAGCUAAGUGAUUGGAGAUUGGGGGCUGAGGAGCUGUUAUAUUGUUCUUGAUGGGAACCAGGAAUGUUAAACAAGCCAACAGGUCAGCAGGGUUUUUAGGACCAAUUCAUCUUUCAGCCAAACUUUAGAAACAGAGUAGGCAAAAAUUACCAAGUGAAACACUGCUGUGUUUAAGCACUCAGUGCAUGGUCUGGCAGUGAGUGCUCAUAUUCUUGGUUUUUCCUGUUCUCACUUUUUUUGAUGCAGUCAGUGCCUGGUUUUGAACUGAGUAUCUUGUGCAUAUGUGAUACAUGUGGCAUAGCUAAUUGGCCUCCCCUGAUCAUUAAAAAAAAUCUAUAUACAAAGAGGGAAAUAAAAAGAAACAGCAAAAUACAAAAAAGAAAGAAAGAAAGAAAGAAAGAGCAAAAUACAAAAAAGAAAGAAAGAAAGAAAGAAAGAAAGAAAGAAAGAAAGAAAGAAAGAAAGAGCAAAAUACUGUCUCUAUAUCCACAGAGUCCUCUGUACGGCUAUCCAUUGUGCUCCCAUGUGGUUCCAGGGGCCAAGCCAGAGCCUCACCUGACACUAUAAGUCUGUAAGGUGUGACUAUAAGGCUGUUAAGGUUGUUGCUUUAUCCAUGAAGCUAUCUCCCGACCCUUGGGCAAAGAUUUUUAUGAGCACUAAAGAAUCAUAUGUUCUCCAUGUGGAGAUAUGUGAAAAUUCACACUUCUGCUGAUUUUGAAUACCAUCGUUACUUUACAUUUUUUCUUGGGUUGCUCCUCGUUACUUCUGUUAAUAAAAUGUGCUCUGAAAGAAA